AUGUCGGAGCGCCUGCCAGCGUCGCGCGCGCCGGCGCAUGUGCCGGCCUCGGCCGCGAACUCGUCCUCGUUCUUGGAUACGCCCGCUCAGGCCGCUGCCAAUGCGACAGAACAGAUGGAGGAUGCACUUUCGGUGAUCCUCGUCACAGCAGGCUACGACCACACCAUCCGGUUCUGGGAGGCAUGGUCGGGCGUCUGCUCGCACACGAUCCAGCACCCCGAUUCGCAGGUGAACCGCUUGGCAAUUAGCCCAGAUAAGAAGCUGCUGGCGGCGGCGUGCUACAAUACUGUGCGCCUGUACGACUGCAAUCCUAGCGGCGCGUCGCUCGCGACCGCCGCGGCACAGAAUACGGACGCGAACGGGCGGGGGAGCCGCGUGAACCCGGUGACGACGUUCGAGGGUCAUUCGGGCAACAUCACCUCGAUUGCGUGGCACUGCGACGGGAAGUGGCUCGUGAGCGGCAGCGAGGACGGCACACUAAAGAUUUGGGAUACGCGUACAUCGCGCCCGCAGCGUGUAUACGACCACCGGGGGCCCGUGAACGACGUGGUGAUCCAUCCGAACCAGGGUGAGCUCGUGUCCUGUGACCAGGACGGCAGCGUCAAGGUCUGGGACCUCGGCGAGAAUGGGUGCAGCCACGAACUGGUUCCUGAAGAGGACGUGCCGAUGCGCUCGGUGACGAUCGCGUCAGAUGGCUCGUGUCUCGUCGGUGCCAACAACAAGGGGCGUGUGUACGUCUGGCGCAUCCAGGGGGGCACGUACGGCCCGGACGGCACACCGGUGCCCGACACCGGCGCCAAGAACGAGUUUACAGACCUCUUGCCCGUGACCAAGUUCCAGGCGCACAACACGUACAUUACGCGGUGCGCGCUGAGUCCUGAUGCGCGCUACCUUGCGACGUGCUCGGCGGAUACCACAGUCAAGAUCUGGUCGACGGCCAACUUCAAGUUUGACCUCGACAAGACGCUCGUCGGUCACCAGCGGUGGGUGUGGGACGUGGCGUUUAGCGCGGACAGCGCCUACCUCGUGACUGCGUCGUCAGACCAUGUUGCUCGGCUAUGGGAGCUGUCGAGCGGCGAGACGAUGCGCCAGUACAACGGCCAUCAUCGCGCUGCCGUUUGUGUUGCGCUGAACGACUCCAGCUUGGAGCCCGUGGGCGUCUAA